AUGCGGCAACUCUAUGGAGCGGGCUACCUGGAAAAGGAAAGCCAACUACCCUUCGUCGUGGGAUACAUCUUCAUGCAGAUGGCACAAGACGAUCAAAUUGCGAAGCAGAUUGGAUUGAAGGUCCCAGCGGUCGAGUUUCGCACCACGUCGAAUGAACUUCUUCGGAUGGCGGCAGAACAAAUCAACACCAUGGUUGCCACAAAAGCCGGGGAGAUGGUAACUGACAGAAUGGAUCUGGUCUACAACUUGCGGUUUGCAGAUGACGAUGAAGAUCAGGACGACGAGGACGGCCCAAACGUCGAGAUAUGA